AGUCGACGGCACUUGAACUGAAAACUGCUGCUCCGAACCAACAGGAAGAGAAGACGUCAGCGAUGAAAAGCUUCGCCUUGCCAGGGUCCAUAUUCUGUGGCUGUGUGCUGCUGGUGGUGGUGCAAGUAACAAUGUGCAGUGGCGCCAUUACGAAAAGUGCAGACAAAUCUCCCAGGAUUGUUAUGCCUAAAACAGGGACCAUUCCUGUGAGAUUAGGAAACAAUUUCAACAUCUCCUGCGUUGCAGAGCCAAGAUUUGCAGACAAAUCCUUUUCUAUUAUCUAUUGGCUUGUAAACAACACUUUCAUUGAAACCACUUAUCCCCACGGGCGGGUAAAGGAGGGCACAGAAAGAUCAUACACUGAAAAUGGAAAAUAUUACAUCAUGAGGUCUUUAACGUUUGCUAAAGUAACUCAACCAGAUUUAAACUGCAACUUCACAUGUGUGGUAAUAACCCCAGCAGGCCAGGACAGUAAGAUUGUUGUUUUGGGUUCUGAACUGAAGCUGAAGACUUGAAGAUCCCUGAUGCUAGCUCCGUCAUCUAUCAGGCAAAGCAAAAGCGGCAUUCUCACACAUGCUGUGAGCAGUCCAGGCUCUGGUUCUAACAAUUAUGUUUUUUCCACAAACUUAUUUAUAGUAAUAUGCAUCUCUGAAAGAAAAACAGCCGCAAAAAUUAGGACUGCAGAGGACAAUUUCAGCCUAAAUUAAUAUAUAAUGAUAAUUAUAUAAAAAAGUAUUUACCAUGAUGCAAAAUUUGUAGAGGUUACCCUUCUAUUAAAAUACCAUCUCUCUCUCCAUUCA